AUGGAUCAUCAGUUAUAUAAGUUUGUGUUAAUCCUUGCUAUUGCCCUUUUUCCCUUAUUCGGAAUCAUCUUUUCUCUCUCGAUCUUCAUUCCAAAUUUUUCCCAACAUUCUUUAACAAACUUUUCUUCUUCAAUGGCAUUUCCUUUAAUUUUAUCAUCAAAUCCUGUGGCAUGGAUUUUUUGAGCUAAAAAUUCUCUCAUAUAUGGACGAAAAAGCUCAUUAUCUGACUUUGUAUAUUCCAGAACGCGAUAAACUUUUUUAACUUUAUAUCCUUCUUCCAAAGCAGCAUUUAACUCUAUAGAUGUACAACUGCUCACCCACCCUCGUUGUCUUUCUGUAUGAGUACAACUGUAAUUCUCAAUUAUAUUUCCUUUUGGGUUUAAUUUUGAACACUCGGCGCAUAGGGGAAAAAGCAACCUUUCUUCAUCAAAUUUAGCUGGCAGAACUGGAAUGUCAAUCUUCUUCGGAGGAAUAACGAAUACUUUCAGUAAUGCUAGUUUGUAAGGAUUGUCUGCUGCGCAAGUCCAAUGGACUUCUUCAUUUAAAGUAUGUACAAUAG